UCGGCGCGCAAUUCAGAGUGUUGCUAAAAUCAAACCGUGGUAGUUUUGCCAACGAAUAUAGACGCGUCUGUUCGUUAAUUUUACUACUACGUGUGGCCUCGUGUUUUCGAAGAUAAAACUCGAAAGAGGCGUUUUGAUCAAUCACACGGACAACAAUACGUUGUUUUUUGCUGAUACUUCAUAGCAGAGAAAAGCAGCAAUGGGCAAAAACAAAGGCAAAGCUAAGAACGUGUUCAAGGUGGCAGGGGCGCGCUUACAGAAAGUCAAGGCCAAGAAGGUCAAAACUACAUUAAAAAAAUUGGAUCUGGGACAAGGGAACAAGUUGAACAAGGAAAAGACCAAUAUGAUAAAUAAGCAGCUGGUGGAACUUAGCAAAGAAGUGCGUCAACAGGGCAGUAAGAAAAACAAGACCAAGCAACCCAUAGCACGUCCGGUGAAAAUUGAGACAUUGAGCGCAGCCGCGAAAGAUAAAGCCACCGAGCUCGUUGGCAACAUGCAACUAUGACAUUCUCACACUUUAGACUCGAUUAUCUUAAGACUUGUAUAUGAUGAAUAAAUUCACAUCAGCGCGAUGGCAGACGAACACGUGGCUGCCGUUGUUAUCAUCGGCGAUGAGAUUCUGAAGGGACAAGUUCAGGACGCUAAUACCGCUUAUCUGGCUAAGAAUUUGUUGGAAAUUGGUAUUAAAAUACGGAGAGUCGUCAUUGUUCCGGAUGAGGUGGAAUUGAUAGCGAAAGAGGUGUCGGAGCUAUCUAAAGCUUAUCCACUAGUGUUCACGUCCGGCGGCGUUGGUCCAACCCACGACGACGUCACUUACGAAGCAGUGGCCAAAGGUCUCGGUCUAGGCCUCAUGAAACAAAACAAAAGUCUGCUCGAGUCGCUGUCCCAACUGUUUCCCGACAGGCCGGAAUCACGGCGGCUCGCUCUUGUGCCCUGUCCCUGCGAACUCGUCGGCGUUGUGACCCCCGGCAGCAAUAACACUUACGCGAUAAUAAAAGUGCAGAACGUGUACGUGUUGCCCGGGUCGCCGUGCUACUUUCGCCCGGCGGUGGAUCAGAUCAUUCCCUCGCUGGAGCGAGGCCAGCCGCUGCACACCGACCACGCGGACGUCGAGGCGGACGAAUUGUCCAUCGUGCCGGUACUGGACGAGGAGGCGAAGCGUUGGACGGGCGUGGUGUCGAUCGGCAGUUAUCCGCAGCCGGGCAAGCGAACGAGAACGAGGAUCACGUUCGAGAGUCGUGACAAGGAGGCACUGGACAGAGCUAAGAAGGACAUGGAGGAUAAGUUAGCCGACAGCGUCGGCGAACGGCAGGAGAGAGCGGCGUUCAACGUGGACGAUGCCAAGAAGGUGUACGAAAGCAGAGGGGAGUGCCCGCACGUUAGGCGCGCAUUCGAGGCGCUCGAAGAGUGCUACGAGAGGUACCAGCCCAGCGAGGUAUUUCUAAGUUUCAACGGAGGCAAAGACUGCACUGUGGUCUUGCACUUGGCUGCCACGCUCGCAAAAUUACGAAAAUUCGAGCCUCCGUUAUCGCUGUACGUGACUCACGAUGCCUUUCCAGAGGUGGACGCGUUCGUUGGCGAGGCAGCGAGCUACUACGGCUUCGAGUUGAUCAGCAUGGACGGGCUGAUACGAGAGGCUCUAUCGAAACUGCUCGAGCGCGAGAGGCCAGGACUGAAAGCCGUGCUGAUGGGCACGAGGAAAAACGAUCCCGGCGCUCACUCCUUAGAUACCUUCGCACCCACCGAUCCCAGCUGGCCGUCGAUCAUGCGCGUUUUUCCCAUUAUCAGCUGGUCUUACAGCCAAGUAUGGGACUUCCUGAUCAACCACAAAGUUCCUUAUUGCUCGCUCUACGACGAAGGCUACUCGAGUCUUGGCGCUCGCGACUCUACCACGAAGAACCCAUUGCUUCGCAAUCCUGACAAUCCAUCGCUUUACUUAGCCGCCCACACGCUCGCCGAUGACUCCUCGGAGCGACAUGGACGGUCCUAGAUUGCGGAAACUAAGUACGGCUUGGGAUAUUAACAUUUCUCACCACUAGCUCGAUGGCGUCCAUGAAAAUAAUUCUGACGCUGUUAGCCGAUAAUAGUUUCAUUUCUUAAUUAGCAAAAUUCAAAAUAGUUUAUGACUGCGAGAUAAAUUUUAUAUAUUCCGUAUGGGUUCAAGAUAAAACAUUUGUGUCGUUCAAUUUUCGCUCCAAUUUUAUGCUAUAGCGAGUUGAUCAUUGAACAAAAAGAGCUUUUAAAUCAUAAUUACUAAACUUCAUGAGUACUUUCAAUAAUUUGAUAUGUAGUUGGUUUAAUUUUUUUUUCAUUGUAAAACAGUAUGGCAACGGACAUAUAUACAGGAUGAUAUUACAUUAUGAUGAUAUUAAUUAUGAUGAUAUUAAAUAUUAAAAUAUAAGAAAACCCCUGGAAAUUUCGGAGAACAAAUGUUGAUAAAAAAUUAUGAAGGUUAGAACUUAGUAAUUAUCACCGAGGAAUUCAAUGAUGACCUUAGUUUUAAUCUUGAACCUCAUUUUCAAGGUCAUUAUAAAGUUAACUUACUUUUUUAAAUGGGAACCUCUAUUUUUUACAUUACAUACCCCUAUUUUUUUUUAAAGAGCGGAAAACUAUACGGUUAAAAAUAAAAUAUAUGGCCAAAAUGGCCUCUACUGAGCCAAUUGUUGGCAGGAAAAUCUGUUGAAUCCUUGCAUGAUUAGCGAUAAAAAAAAUUAUCAGUAUCUUUAGUUAUUUUUAACAAGGAAUUGAAUGGUGAUCUUGACAUUGUCAAACAUGCUUUUUAACAUUAUUUUAGGGUCACAUUCGUGACAUUGAUUGGGUUCAAAUGUACAAUAUUGCUUUUAAAAUGAAAAUAAAAGUCCUUCCAAGUGAAAAAUUCUAUCAAGAUAGUAGUACUUUUUUGUGCAAUAUAAUGGCGUGAAAAUAGACUUCAAUUCCCUUUCGAGAGGUUUUUAAUUGAGUUUCUUGCAAAAAUGAAUUUGUAAAAAUAACAGGAAUAAAUUUGUAAAAACUGACAAAAAACAUUUGAAAAAACGAAAGAUUUAUAUUUCACAAUAUUUUACACAUCAUCGGCAAUAUUUUACAAAUUUGUAAAAUAUUGCCGAUGAUCAGCGAUUAUAAAAACUGUUGCAUGCCAUAUUUCCGUCAAAUUUUGUGAAAAUCGUGAAAUUCGAGCUACUUUACUUGUCCACGUACGAUUGUAUUUUAGUUAAUAUUUAUUUACUGUUAAAUUGUAAGUGUUGUCAGCUUAAAAUUUACAAAUAAAAAACAUUGUUUUACA